UCUAGCGUGGCACCUGGUCGGAAUCCCCUCGCCCGCCUCCGCCUCCUCUCGGGACCCGCGUGCCCACUCCACUGCAGACCCCCCGGCACUUUAAGGAAUAAUCCUCGGCAGCUGCACAGCGCACGCUCUCCGGAACCUCAUGGGCAGCUUCUCCUGCGGGCGAUGAUGGAGAACCUAAUAAGGGGAAGAAAUCCCCCUCAAUAUCAGAGAAGCCCCUGUAAAGAGGUUCGUGCAGCCCUUAGAAAGAGGCCUGAAGAGGAGUGAGCCCGCUACAUGAAAAAAAAAUGCAAGUCAAAGUGGUCACAACCUAGAAGUCUGCAGAGACAGGAAUAACUAGCAAUGCAGUGCCUGGAGAUGACCACCAAGCGGAAGAUCAUCGGCCGCCUGGUGCCCUGCCGAUGUUUCCGGGGUGAAGAGGAAAUCAUCUCAGUGUUAGACUAUUCCCACUGCAGCCUGCAGCAGGUGCCAAAGGAGGUCUUUAACUUCGAGCGGACAUUAGAGGAGCUUUAUCUGGAUGCCAAUCAGAUUGAAGAGCUCCCCAAGCAAUUGUUCAACUGUCAAGCUCUACGAAAACUAAGUAUUCCUGACAAUGACCUUUCCAGCCUGCCAACCUCCAUCGCUAGUUUAGUUAAUCUCAAAGAACUCGACAUCAGCAAAAAUGGUGUACAAGAAUUUCCAGAAAACAUAAAGUGUUGUAAGUGUUUAACAAUUAUUGAAGCCAGUGUCAAUCCCAUUUCUAAACUCCCCGAUGGCUUCACGCAGCUUCUAAACUUGACCCAGCUCUACCUGAAUGACGCCUUUCUUGAAUUCCUUCCAGCCAAUUUUGGAAGACUUGUCAAAUUGCGGAUCUUGGAGUUAAGAGAAAAUCAUUUGAAAACUCUACCAAAGUCAAUGCACAAACUGGCCCAGUUGGAAAGACUUGACCUAGGCAAUAAUGAAUUCAGUGAGCUGCCUGAAGUUCUGGAUCAAAUACAAAAUCUAAGGGAGCUGUGGAUGGACAAUAACGCAUUGCAAGUGCUACCUGGGUCUAUAGGGAAGUUAAAGAUGUUGGUGUACCUCGAUAUGUCAAAAAACAGGAUAGAAACGGUUGACAUGGACAUUUCUGGAUGUGAAGCUCUUGAAGACCUCUUACUGUCAUCCAAUAUGCUCCAGCAGCUGCCCGACUCGAUAGGACUGUUGAAAAAGCUGACUACUCUAAAAGUAGAUGACAAUCAACUUACAAUGCUGCCCAAUACAAUCGGAAAUUUAUCUUUAUUAGAAGAAUUUGACUGUAGCUGUAAUGAACUGGAGUCUCUACCUUCUACUAUUGGCUACCUUCACAGUCUUCGAACAUUAGCAGUUGAUGAGAAUUUCCUUCCAGAAUUGCCCAGAGAAAUUGGAAGCUGCAAGAAUGUAACAGUGAUGUCUCUCCGCUCCAACAAGCUGGAAUUCCUUCCUGAAGAAAUUGGACAGAUGCAGAAACUGCGAGUCCUAAAUUUGAGUGACAACAGAUUGAAGAAUUUACCAUUCUCAUUUACCAAACUUAAAGAGCUUGCAGCAUUGUGGCUUUCUGACAAUCAGUCCAAAGCCCUUAUCCCUUUACAAACAGAAGCCCAUCCGGAAACGAAGCAGAGGGUGUUGACUAACUACAUGUUUCCGCAGCAACCUCGUGGUGAUGAAGAUUUCCAGUCAGACAGUGACAGCUUCAAUCCUACACUGUGGGAAGAGCAAAGACAACAGCGCAUGACAGUUGCCUUUGAAUUUGAGGACAAAAAAGAAGACGACGAAAAUGCUGGGAAAGUUAAGGGUCUCUCCUGCCAAGCCCCCUGGGAAAGGGGCCAGCGUGGGAUUACUCUCCAACCUGCCAGACUGUCUGGCGAUUGCUGCACACCAUGGGCCAGGUGUGAUCAGCAGAUCCAAGAUAUGCCCGUCCCCCAGAAUGACCCACAGCUGGCAUGGGGUUGUAUAAGUGGUCUCCAGCAGGAAAGGAGCAUGUGUACUCAAUUACCAGUGGCAGCGCAGUCCACCACUCUUCCCUCUCUAAGUGGCAGACAGGUUGAAAUAAACCUAAAACGAUAUCCAACUCCUUACCCAGAGGAUUUAAAGAAUAUGGUAAAAUCUGUUCAAAAUCUGGUGGGUAAGCCAAGCCAUGGAGUGCGUGUUGAGAAUUCAAACCCAACUGCUAACACGGAGCAGGCUGUGAAAGAAAAAUUUGAACACAAGUGGCCGGUGGCCCCCAAGGAGAUAACAGUGGAGGAUUCUUUUGUUCAUCCAGCUAAUGAAAUGAGGAUUGGGGAACUUCACCCUUCAUUAGCUGAGACCCCUCUGUACCCACCCAAACUUGUUCUGCUAGGGAAGGACAAAAAAGAAUCAACUGAUGAGUCUGAAGUUGACAAAACUCACUGUCUGAAUAACAGUGUUUCCUCAGGCACUUACUCAGACUACUCGCCCUCCCAGGCUUCCUCAGGAUCCUCUAACACCCGGGUUAAAGUGGGGUCCUUGCAGACUACAGCUAAAGAUGCGGUUCAUAAUUCUUUGUGGGGUAACAGGAUCGCACAAUCUUUCCCACAGCCUCUGGACGCAAAGCCAUUACUCAGCCAGCGGGAGGCUGUCCCCCCAGGGAGUCUGCCACAGCGGCCCGACCGACUGCCCAUGAGCGACGCUUUCCCUGACAGCUGGACAGACGGCUCCCACUACGACAACACCGGGUUCGUGGCUGAGGAGCCCGCAGCUGAGAACGCCAACAGUAACCCUCUGCUGAGCUCCAAGGCCAGGAACGCGGCUCCGCAUGGACGCAGGCCUUUGAUCAGGCAGGAGAGGAUCGUCGGGGUCCCCCUGGAACUGGAGCAGUCCACGCACAGACACACACCAGAAACAGAAGUGCCUCCUUCCAAUCCUUGGCAGAAUUGGACCAGAACCCCCAGUCCAUUUGAAGACAGGACUGCUUUUCCCUCUAAGUUAGAAACAACCCCCACCACCAGCCCCUUGCCCGAGAGGAAAGACCAUAUCAAAGAAUCUACGGAGAUACCCAGCCCUUUCUCCCCGGGAGUGCCAUGGGAGUACCACGAUGCCAGUUCCAACAGGAGUCUUGGGAAUGUCUUUUCUCAAAUCCACUGCCGCCCGGAUUCUUCAAAAGGUGUGAUCUCCAUGAGCAAAAGCACAGAGAGGCUGUCUCCGCUCAUGAAAGACAUAAAGUCCAACAAGUUCAAGAAGUCGCAGAGCAUCGACGAGAUCGACAUCGGAACCUACAAGGUCUAUAACAUCCCGCUGGAGAACUACGCCUCGGGGAGCGAUCACUUGGGCAGCCACGAUCGGCCGGACAAGAUGCUGGGCGCGGAGCACGGCAUGACCAGCAUGUCUCGGAGCCAGUCGGUGCCCAUGCUGGACGACGAGAUGCUGGCCUACGGGAGCAGCAAGGGGCCGCAGCCCCAGAAGGCGUCCAUGACCAAGAAGGUCUACCAGUUCGACCAAAGCUUCAACCCUCAAGGAGCCCUGGAAGUGAAGGCCGACAAGAGGCUGCCGCCCGCCUUCCAGCACGGCCCGGAGUACGCGGCCCCGGCCGGCAAAGGCCUGGCCAAGGACCUGGUGAGCCCGCGGGCGUACCGCGGCUACGCGCCGGUGGAGCAGGCGUUCUCCUUCUCCCAGCCGUCCGUCAACGAGGACGCGGUGCUCAGCGCGCAGUUUGCAGGCCAGGGCGGCCGGCCGGGCUUCCUGAGGAGGGCAGACUCGCUGGCCAGCUCCACCGAGAUGGCCAUGUUCCGCAGGGUCAGCGAGCCCCCCGAGCUGGGCCCCGGCGACAGGUACGGCAGAGCCGCCUACAGGGGAGGGCUGGAUCGCCAGAGCAGCGUGGCGGUGACUGAGUCCCAGUUCCUCAAGAGGAACGGCAGGUGCGAAGAGGAGCACCCUGCCUACCAAGAAGUGAAGGCGCAGGCGGGAAGCUUCCCCGUCAAAAACCUCACCCAGAGGAGGCCCCUGUCGGCCAGAAGCUACAGCACAGAGAGUUACGGGGCCUCCCAAACCAGGCCAGUGUCAGCUAGGCCUACCAUGGCAGCUCUUUUGGAAAAAAUACCGUCUGACUAUAACUUGGGUAACUAUGGGGACAAGCCAGCAGAUAACAGUGAUGUAAAGACGAGGCCCACCCCUGUGAAGGGAGAGGAGAGCUGUGGCAAAAUGCCUGCAGACUGGAGACAGCAGCUGCUUAGACAUAUAGAAGCUAGAAGGUUAGACAGGAAUGCUGCUUACAAACACAACACAGUUAACCUUGGCAUGCUGCCCUAUGGAGGUAUUUCAGCAAUGCAUGCAGGCAGAAGCAUGACUUUAAACUUGCAGACUAAGUCUAAAUUUGAUCAUCAAGAACUACCUCUUCAGAAAACCCCGUCCCAGCAAAGCAACAUUUUAGACAGUGGACAAGAGGAUGGAUCUCCUAGUGGCCAGUGGAACCCUUAUCCACUUGGGAGGCGGGAUGUACCUCCGGACACCAUUACUAAAAAGGCAGGUAGCCACAUCCAGACGUUGAUGGGGUCCCAAAGCCUGCAGCAUCGCAGCCGGGAGCAGCAGCCGUACGAGGGCAACAUAAACAAAGUGACCAUCCAGCAAUUUCAGUCACCAUUGCCUAUUCAGAUCCCCUCCUCACAGGCCACCCGGGGACCGCAGCCUGGACGGUGCUUAAUUCAAACUAAAGGGCAAAGGAGCAUGGAUGGCUACCCAGAACAGUUUUGUGUGAGAAUAGAAAAGAAUCCUGGCCUUGGAUUUAGUAUCAGUGGUGGAAUUAGUGGACAAGGAAAUCCAUUCAAACCUUCUGACAAGGGUAUCUUUGUUACUAGGGUACAGCCUGAUGGGCCGGCAUCCAACCUACUACAGCCUGGCGACAAGAUUCUCCAGGCGAAUGGACACAGUUUUGUACAUAUGGAACACGAAAAAGCUGUAUUACUACUGAAGAGUUUCCAGAAUACAGUAGACCUAGUUAUUCAACGUGAGCUUACUGUCUAAAUAUUUUUUAUAAAUAGUGAAGAUAUGUCUAGCCAGAUCUAAUGUUCAAAAAGAAAUUUAUACAUAGAGACAAAUUUUGCCAAUUGCUGGACCAAUGGCAAACGUUAGUGCCAAAUGUAUAAUACUGUAUGUCAGCACUGAUCACCCUUAAAAAUGUUCACUCUAUAAAUACGACGUUCAUGUGGUUAUGUACAAGUUUUAAUUGUCAGCCUCUGGCUGUGCAUUGGUGCAGUUUUGUUUUGGUUUCUUUUUUUUAAUCAAAAUCAGUUCCUUCUCAAAGUAGAUUUCAUAUAAUUUCAGAGCACGGAAGCACACACAAGCUCUUUAUGAAUUCUGCUCGCCAUCAGAAACACUGCCUCAAAGUUGUAUAUGCCUUUCUAUAGAAAAUACAAGUAUAAAGAAUUGUAAUUCCCAUAAAAUAUUUCUAGCACAAGGUAUAUGUUGGCAUAUAUACAAAAAGAAUAUAGAAAAAAAACAAUAUUUUCAUAAACUAAACAUCUCGGAUUGAGAAAGAAAAUAUAUCUUAAAAUAAGACGACUUUACUAUAUCGAAUCUUUUUCAAUAAAAAUUACAUGAUAAUGCCUUAUGAAAGUAACUGUACAUAUGGUAAAAAGUGUUUAUAUUUGGUUCCGCAUUCAUUUGCUAAAUUCUCAUAACACAGAGUGAAAUAUUUCAUAAAUGAUCCACUUAUCUCUGGGACCUGAAUAAGAUAGGACAAACUAAUUUGUUCAAUAUGCCUUUAGCUAAUUAUAAUAUAUGCGGAGUUAAGAAAUAGACCAAAAAUCAUUGUAGAUAGGACCUUUUUCGCCAUAAACUCGAGCAGUGAAUGAUGGGUGGCAGGAAAGGGAUUGUUUUAUUUCUUUCAAUUUUAUGUUGAUUAUAACUGUAGCCCUGUUACUUCUUUCCUUGCCGACGUGGAAUUUAUUUUGUGUGCUGCUUUAUUUAAUUUGCGACUUAAGCAACUUAUUAUUAAGCAAGACUUUUCAGACAGUUAUGGUGGGUAAUUUAAACACUUCAGUAUUUAAAUAUGAAACUUCAAAUAUAAUGUCUCAGAGCUGCGGUUUAUUUGUAUUAUUAAUUUCAAUGCCAACUUUUGUAAACAGAAACACAUCAAAUAUUCUCCUUCCCAAAGUUCCAGGGCAUAUAGCAUUUUGAAUAUUCUCCCUAGACAAGCAUAUUUAAUGCAGAAAUCAUUUACUUUGAUGUUGGAACUAUUUUUUUGUUAUGAGUGAUCAAAAUUCACUUUACAAUCCUUUAAAAACACGUCUCUAUCCAUUAUUUAUAAUUGGAUUAAAAUAUUAAUUGGAAAUUCCUGAGGAAUUCUCCAGAACUGGUCAUAUGCAUUCCCCUCCUCAUUUCUAUUAGCUUAUAUACAUGCACAGUGGACUUGCUUUACAUGAGAGUGCUUCCAAUGUGUAUUUACAGUAGAAUCCCGUAUCAAUGACACCUGAGCUCUGAGAAUAAUAUUUGUAAGUUAAUGUUUUAUGGGGACACUGAAAAUAUUGUAUUUUUAUAGGGUCUAUUAAAAAUGAGUGUCACUUACUAGAAGUACAGUGGUAUUUUUUGGCAUAGAAUUUGUCACUUGAAGGCAAAUGAUGCUUCAUUUUAUAGAUGAUGCACUAAUUUUUAUGUUGCCUUAUAUCAGGGUGACACAAUACCAUGACUUUAUAGGCUUUGACAGUUAGCUAACGGUUACCAGACUAGCCUACCAGACUAGCCUACGGAGUGUAUUUCAUAUAUUGAAAGUUGCCGAUGAGAAAUGUCAUUCAGAGCCUGGUUUUCCUUAUCAAAACCUCAUGCCACCCUGCUGUACCCGGGAAUUUAGAGUGGUCAUCACUAACCAAGAGUGAAGGCCUCCCUGGCCUUGCAAGAUCACUGAAAGGAAAAACAAAUGCAUGAAUGUAGCUUGAUGACAAUGAAACAUCUCAAAUCAUCACAUCAGUGUGCUUUAAUUUUUCAUGGGGGGGGUGGGGUGGGGAGAAGCUCCCCGUGUCUUUCUCCUCUGUCAGGUUUCCACACUGACCUCAGGGCACGAGAGGCCCUGAUCUAAGGAGGCCCUGAUCUAAGGAGAUGGAGACACUAGUACACACCUGGCCACUCUCGGUGACAGCCGUGUCGGGGCUCAAUGCUUUAAUAAUUCUUGUUUAGCAGUUCAGAAAUGAGGGAAAGAGGAAAAGGGGCCCUUACCAACAGGAAAAGAAACCCAAUAUGCCAGAGUACCACAAUGUCAAUGUCAAUGUGUUACUGGGCUGCAUACUGAAAAGAAGUUUUUGUUAUUGUUGUUGUUAAGGUUCCCUGAAUUGAAUCAUUGAUCACUUGAGGGAUAAAAACUCUAUUCUAUGGGUUACUCAAAAUCAACAAUUGAUUUUUGAGUAUUGACUUUUGGGGAGGGCAGGAUGUAUUAUUGGUUGGUCGCCUGAGACUAGAAUGUGAUUUAUGUUAACAAUAAUAAACAAAUCCAGCGGCAUGCCUUUGA